UUUCAUUAAUUCAAGUCAACCUUGCCAUGGCUUGUAUACUUGGUGUGUUUGAUAAAUUUAUUUUUCAUGUGUUUUCUUAUUUCAUUGGGAUUGAGCUACUAGAGAGCAGGAAUAAAUCAAAAGAUGGGAAGACUGUAGGGUAUUAUCCCAAAGGAAAUAUUUUCAAUGACCUAUAGAAUGAUCUCUUUAACACUGCUGUUGAGAAGGAUUUCCAGCCUCUUCUGACCUUUCCUUGUUUCCUACAAUGAAAAGUUUUACAGCCAAGCAUGGGUCAAUUAUUAGGCUAUAGAUCUCCAUUUUUGAAGUGCUCUUUGCCGGAUGCUUGCAUUACCAUAUUCUUCAAAGCAAUGAAGUAUCCAUCCUUAAUAUUCUUUCUCUGUGAAAUUUCAAAUACUUAUAAAUAGAUUAGAAGAUAUGAGACUUAUAAUUCUCUAGCUAGCCAUUUCACAUGGACCACAGAUCACUGUCUUGCAUUAAACUCAUCUUGUUCACAUUGAAGUAUGGUUUUUAGGAAGGCACUUUCUCAGCUGAGGAUAUUUAAGUCCAGACACAACAGUCUUCAGGGAACUCUUGCAGUGGGUAAUAAUCCUCUUUACCAGAACCUUGUCAUUAUUUGUAGUCUGAGUUUGCUAGGCUUUGAAUUCCAGCACUGAAUUUAUUACCAACUUUAUCUGGGUCUAUAUAGGCAUUUAUCUAAAGCACUUCAGAGUCAAGAGAUAUUUGGUCAUGUUUGUGGAAGCUACAGUAGUUUUUUAUCUGUAGGCUAUGAAGUCACACUUGUUUAAAAAGAAACAAACAAUUGAUUUAAAAAUAGAAUUAAUUCAAAUAGUCUAUAAAAGAGCAUUUAGUGUCAAAUGCCAUUUGGUAAGAAGUUCCAAAACUAAGGAUGGUCUGACUGCUUGGUGAUAAACCUCAGGGUCUGUUUUAGAACUGGUCUUGGGUCAUAAGCUGGUAAUAAUCACUGUCUCCUAGUGCUGGGUACUGUGAUCUGUGUUUGCUUAGUUUCAUGGGGAUGCAUGGCUAUUCCUCCAAAAUAAAACUGCUGGGCUGGGUGGAAUUCCCUCGGAGCAGCUGUCAGUUGCAUCAUGAAGAGGCCAGUUUAAAUAAUUCAUUCCCUUUCACAAAUUUGUUUCCAUCUUUCCUGGAUUUGGUUGAGAUUGUAAUCAUCUGCCAAGAAAAAAGCUAGAAAGUUUAAUUAAAUAUAUUUUAACACCCUGCCCUUUGCAAAUGAGAAUUGUUGAGAAGUGCUAACAGUCUCUAAUUUAGGAUUUUAGAAUUAGGUUUGAAUAUUAAAGUCUACUUUUACAUAAAUAGUACUAUGACUUCUGAAUUAACAAAGGUCAAUAGGAGAUCACCAAAUAUGAUGGACUUGCUGCUGGUUGUAACUGAUGCCUUGCUUGAUUAAUUUGCCAUAAACAAUUAUAGGAAUUGGAAUUUUAAAAAUGUAAAAUGUUUUAAUCCAGCAGGAUCAUAUAUAGAAUCUCUGGUCAUACAGAGAAUCUGGAAUAAGCCAUAGCAGAGACGUGCCUGUCCAUUCAUCUUUAUGAUGGGUUUGGAAACCCUAUAAUUGCAGUAAAAUAUUAUUUAUAAUAGGGCAUGACAUGAAGUUCCAUCUAUAGACCGACUCUGCCUGCCAGGAUGCUUUUUUUCUCCUGGACUACUGCCUUUUCCUUGAGGCAAGAGCGUGUGGUUGCUCAGGCAGUGCUUAUUUCCUCAUUAGUAGAAUAUUUUUGAGUCUUGUGAGGCGUUUGCCUCUCCAAGUGCAAUGCUGCCAUCUCCCUGUGCAGGGGGAGCACGAAGCCUGGCGUGUUUCUGAGCACUCCUGGUGCGAUGCAUUACUCUUGACUGGAGCUUCACUGAUGCCACCGUCACUGCCAUCGUCACUGAUGCCCCAGCGUGAGGUACAGGGCAGCCAGCAGAGGAGAGGAUGUUCCCUAGCUAGGAUCCAUCUGCAUGGCCUGCUAGGCUUAGGACUGUACCAACUAAUAAGUAGUAUAGGAUUACAUCUUCAAGGCUGGAGUGCGUGGAACUUCCCUGUAUAUCACCUUCCUGUCAUCACAGCUGGAGAAAGAAUACUAAACUAGUUGUCUUAAUAGUACACUAGAUAUUCUCAUGUGACUUCUUGAAAUCUCAUUUGAACAGUAGUUGGUGGUUUGUGAUUCUCUAGUCGUCCUGUAUUCUGAUGUUAUGGUUUUCUGAGGUGUUUCUGGAAGUAUUUAAUGCAUGGAGUGCACAAAAUCCCAGAGAAAUCAUGGUAAUUACUAUCUGUUAUUUAUUUAAUGGGUUGUGUGUUCUGGUGUCCUGAUUAUGAACUAUCUACAUUUUAUGUAGUAGUAACAUAUGAGUUUUUACUGUAACACUGAACUGGAGGAAAAGCCUAAUUAGUAGACCGAAAGAAACAAAAUACACGUUUCCUUUUUCUACUUCCUUAGUGGAAUACGGCUGGGAAUACAUGGUACUGAAGGGCAGGCUGCUCUGCCACCGUAUGGAGAGAAAAUGAACUACUGUUUGCUGUCCUGACAGUGGGCUUGCACUUAUUUUUUCCAUCUCAGUACACAAAGUAGUAAAGAGAAGCCCUUAAGAAAAGUUAAAGUUACUAUCAAGUUUUGUCACUUUGAUUGUCCUGUGGUUCUUGCAAGAAAGGAAGAUCAGUCACAUCUACCAGCAGUAAACUGUUUUAAUAUAAGCUGAUCUUAUUGGAUUGAGAGCACUUCUAGAGAAGAAGCAGAGGAAGAAACGUCUCGAUCCAUUGAUGGUACAGCCAAAUCCUGAGGCCAAACUGCGUAGGUCAAAGCCUAAAGGGUGUGAGGAGCAGACUCCUUUAGUAGAAACUCCUACUCCUGUCCACAGUGAUGUUGUUUUACAUGGUAUUGAUGGACCAGCUGCUUUCCUGAAAUCAGAAGUGCAGGAGUUGAAGACCAAGCUCCAAACUCUAUCUGUUGGAUCUACUAAACCAGAAGAUAGUGCAGAUAAGGAAAAUGAUGGAGAGGCUGUGACAGACACAGCAAGCAAGCCAGAUCUGCAAGAAAUACUACAGAAACGAGGAAUUUCAGGCAGUUUGAAUUUUGAUGAGGAGGACACAGAAGAGGAAGAAGUUAGUAAGAGACCAGUAUCUCAUUCACCAUGCCCUGAAUCUGAGAGGCCUAGUUCUGCAUCCAGUGAGAAGUCUUUUGCAGAAACAGGUGCUUCCUGUAGUCCAUCCCCUCAGGCAGAUGCACAGCUGGGAGAAGUAGAGAACUUGGAGGAUUUUGCAUUGCGCCCUGCACCCCGUGGAAUUAGUGUAAAGUGUCGAAUCACUAGAGAUAAAAAGGGAAUGGACCGGGGACUCUUCCCUACUUACUACAUGCAUCUGGAAAGGGAUGACAACAAAAAGACAUUCCUUCUUGCAGGGAGAAAAAGAAAGAAGAGCAAAACAUCCAAUUACCUCAUAUCAGUUGACCCAACUGAUUUAUCUCGGAAAGGGGAAAGUUUCAUUGGAAAACUCAGGUCAAACCUCAUGGGAACCAAAUUUACAGUGUAUGACCAUGGUGUUAACCCAGUCAAGGCACAAAGUCUAGUGGAAAAGGCUCAUACAAGACAGGAGCUCGCAGCUAUUUGUUAUGAAACUAAUAUCUUAGGAUUUAAGGGUCCCAGAAAAAUGUCUGUGAUCAUUCCAGGAAUGAACAUGAAUCAUAAGCGAAUUCCAAUCCGUCCACGAAAUGAGCAUGAGGGUCUGCUGUCAAAAUGGCAAAACAAAAACUUAGAGAAUCUCAUUGAAUUGCACAACAAGGCUCCAGUCUGGAAUGAUGACACUCAAUCCUAUGUUUUGAACUUCCAUGGGAGGGUCACUCAGGCCUCAGUGAAGAACUUCCAGAUUGUCCAUGACAAUGACCCUGACUACAUCGUGAUGCAGUUUGGUCGUGUAGCAGAAGAUGUGUUCACUCUGGACUAUAAUUACCCCCUCUGUGCUCUUCAGGCCUUUGCUAUUGGACUCUCCAGCUUUGAUAGUAAAUUGGUCUGUGAAUGAGGGACAACAGACAUGAAACAUGGAACUCACUCCCACCCGUACAUCUUGCAAGAGUUUCAGAUGUAGCAAUGAAGAGCAUAUUGGAAGGGAAAUGGAGGAUACAUUUCUGCAGGCUUAUUAGAAAACCAAUUCCAGCCUUCAGAGCAUUGUGGGAGUUGACAGCAGACCACCUUGGGAGCAGCCUCUGUAUGGCUUGUGGAAGAACAAGAACUCUAGGUGAUGUUUCUGUCAUUGAUGUUGAUUCUGCUUUUAGAAUCCUUGUUUACAGAUGGUGCAUGAGAGUGGGCUAAGCCCACUUACUGGAACUCCUUGCAGCUAGGAUUAGAAAACUAAUGGCUAAAUGUUCAUUUACCUUGAAGCUUCCACAAAGCUUGGGAGAUGAUGCUACUCAAGAGGUCCUAAUCAGAUGAAUUCAGAGUAAAAGAGAACAGCUGGAAUAAGACAUUGGGUGUAAUACACUAAUGGACUUUUACUCUGUGGAAUGAUCAUCUGCUAAGAUUGAUACUCCAUUUCCCUUUCAGUAUUCUAAUUUCUCUCUAUUCCUUGACAGUCUUUUACCAAAUGAAGAACAAUCAAAUCUCAAACAGUCCCUUUUCAGUGGGUGAUAUUAUAUUCAUUGCUACUUCUGUUACUUCUAAUCAUGUGAAAAAUGAGACUGAAUAGAUGAUAGAAUCUGGCUGAAUUUGGCAGAAGUUAGUAUUGUAACAAUAUACAGUACUGCUUCUGAAAAGCAGUGCUCGGAUUGGUUGAAUCUAGACUGUAAACUGAUGAUAAAUAUUUUUUAAUUUCGCCAUUGUUGAUGAAAUAUGCUACAUUUUUAGGUAUAAGUUUGUGACCAAUUUUAUUUUUUUUAACGUGAGAUUAUCUCAAGGCAUGAGAUGUUAAAGUAGACUUUGUAUAAAUAAUUUUAACCUGACAAUAAGGAGUUACCUCAAAAAGAGAUUACAGGUAUUUUCAAAGGCAUCAGUAAGUUUAAUGUAAUUGUACCACAAGGCUUUGCAAUGUGUCCUUCCAAUUUUCCGUUUUAAAUACUGGGUGUACAGUAUGGACUGUGUGUCACAGCAUGGAACACUUAAUUCAUGUGGCCUUAACUCACCAGAGUGGAUUGCAGCACGACGUGGCCUGGAGGCCUCAAUGCACUCAUCUUCUGUGUACGGAAACCGAGAACAGUUACUGUCUUGCCUGCUUCUUGCCUAUUACACAUAUUCAUAAUGGUUUGGAGAAGUCUGUCCCCCUACUGAGACAAGAAUUAGGUGUUCUCCAGCUUUGGAUAUUGUCCUUGUCAGCAGACUAACUCUGUUUCAAGCUGCACAGAGCAGAUAUAUUGCUUUUGGUCUCGGGAGUCUUUGCAGCGGUAGAUAUCACUUGCGCUUUCAAAUUAACAAAACUUUGUGAAGACGUUUUCUGAUAUUGCCAGAAAGAAUAAUGAUUGUAAUCACAAAGUAAAUGCUGUAUUUAACUGUAAAAUAUGAAUUGAGGCUGAGAAAUCCAGCUAUUGUAUCUUUCAGAUGAGCAUUUUUCAGUAGCUGCUGAGAUUUUUUUUUUCUUGAUAUUAUUUUAUCAGAAAAGCAGUCUGUGAAGAGAACUUGAAUGCUGAUGGAUCUGUUUUGUGCCUUCCUACUCAUCAGGCUGAGGAUGAGAGCUGGCAGUGUUUUCCAGCUGUGCUCUCCUGAAGUCUUGGCUGAUGGAUCUGCAUUCCCUUUGCCCAUCCAGGAAAGGAAGUCAGUUUGUGUACCUGUCUGAUUAUUCUUCUGACUAGGAAUACGUGAAAGAAAUUGCCUUAUGUUAUUUUGGGGUGACCUGAAGCUAGGAUGCUAAUUUCUGAUUCAAGAUGAUUUUCUGUGUGCCCAGAAAGCAUCCUUUUACUUAAUUAGCCCUGUCAGCAGCAACUCUUCAAGCUAUUUGUUGACAUCAAAUGAUCCUGUCAUGGCCUCUCGGUUAAAUUGUACUGACAGAUGAACUGAUUCAGUGGUCUUUAUCAGAUACUGUUUUACAUUAGUUGUAUUUAUAACUUUUAUAUCUAAAUGAAAAUAAACUAAUUUAUAUAUUGAAAAGUC